UGAACUGCGCUGACGUUUCCGACAUACAAAUCGCUGUCUUAAAAUUUGUGUACAAAUAGUGAUACUGAUCAGUUGAUACUGAUUAGUUGAGCAAAUCUUAAACUGUAACAAUAAGUUACCAGCAAACCCAUGACCAAAAAGCAGCGACGACGACGGGAAAGUGAUGAGGCCCGUGCCGCACGGUUGGAGAAUCUGCGCCAGGCUCAGAAGAAACAUCUCCAAAAUGAAACCCCCGAGCAGCGCCAGUUCCGGCUGGAGCGUAUGAAGAUGUACGCGGACAUCCGUCGCAAGAGGGAAUCUCCGGAGGAACGGAACGCCCGGUUGCAGAAACUUCGGGAGAACCAGCGGCGUCGAUUGAUGGCAGAAACUGCUGAGGCGAGAGAAGCCAGGCUGAAGAAGAUGAGGGAUGAUGCAGCGAAGCGUAGGAAGGUACAGGUGCAAUCAAGCGGAGAAAGUGAAGAUGAGCAGGGCUCGGAGUCAGGUAAAAGUGAGGAGCCUUGCUUCCAUGUUAGGGCGGAUUUUUUGCCAGAGCUGCAUAUAAAGCAAGAAAUCGACUGAAAUUUAAGUAUAUGACAUGAUAAAUAUAAUGUGAUUUAAAUUAUUUAUUUGCUGCUGUUAAUUUGUUUAUCCACUUUAAGUUGGCCACAAAGCUACUCGAAAUAAAAACAUUCUAAAAACA